AUGACACUCUCCGCCAUGUUCGGUGGUCUGAAAGAGGGAAGGUUCACCUUCUCUAUUGGGAAGAAUCCGCCAAAGACGUUAGCCGACCUCAUCGCCAGAGCUCAAAAGUAUACUAACGCCGAUGAAUUCUCCAAUGCCGGUAAGAAUGUUCAAAUUUUACUAGACAUCAGAGGACACAAGCUUCUAAAUUGGCCAGUUUGUAUGAAGGCUGACCCCGAUCAUCAAGAUAAGCGCAAGUAUUGCCACUUCCAUCAGGAUCACAGCCACAACACAGCUGAUUACGUGGAUCUCAAGGAUGAGAUCGAGACCCUUAUUCGUAAGGGGCAUUUGUGCCGAUACGCUAAGGGAGAAAGAACUACUCGGAAAGAAGAGCGAGGGCAAGAGCAGUCGAAUAACACCACGGAAGAGCUAGCCAAAAUUUGCACCAUCAUUGGGGGCUCAUCUGGUGGGGGAGAUUCAAACAGGACUCGGAAAGCCCACUCUCGAAAGUAUGAUCUGGAACACUACAUCCACUUGACUGAGCGUCCGAGCAAAGAACUCUGGGUUAGUCCAUGCAGCAUGACCUUCUUAGAAGAUGAUGCGCACGGGAUCCAACAUUCGCACGACGACACCCUAGUGGUUACUGUGACCAUAGCCAACCAUAAGGUAUACUACAUCCUGAUCGACACCGGAAGCUCAGCAAAUGUAAUUUAUUUCGAGGCUUUCGAAAGAAUGGGGAUUCCUACGUCACGCCUCAGACCUGUGAAGACCCCCCUGCACGGAUUUACCGAAGAAAGGGUGAUCUCUGCGGGAGCCAUCUCCAUCCAUGUGACUGGGGGAGAAGGACAACAUCAAGUCACCCUCAUGGUAGACUUCCUCGUUGUUAAUGUGCCAUCAGUACACAACGUCAUUUUAGGUAAACCUUCUCUCAAUGCAAUGAGGGUAGUCGUCUCCACCUAUCACUUAAUGAUGAAAUUCUCCGCCAAAGGAGGGAUAGGCUACCUCCGAGGAGACCAGCGCGAAGCUUGGAGGUGUUAUGCGAUAGCAGUGAAGAAAGGAUCCGUGAAGCAAGCACUCACCGUCUAUAUUCUAGAUCCCAAGCACUCACCAUCCAUAUAG